UAAAAACUUGUGGGAACGGGAGGUAACGAUAAAACCGCUCAGUUGGCACAAACCCUAUCUAUGUCACAGCAGUCCUAAUCGAAGUUACACUGUAUGAUUUCUGUUUUUCAGGUGUGAGUGAACACGUACCGCUUCUUUUGACAACAUCUUUUAAGUUUGAGUUUUGCACGCUUGUGUGUUAGAUUUUGCUAGAUUCCGUGAAUCUGUAAUCAGUUUUUAUUUGUUAUAUUUUAAUCAAUUAUUUUAUUGCCCGUUCUGUAGUCGAAAUAAACAUAUAGUAAUAUCUGGGGUUUCAGGGUUCAACGAUGGUUGCUAUGGAAUUGUUGUCAAACCUACGCACUGAUGCAGAACGGCCACAACUGGACCAAAUUUGAGGAAUGGAUGUUGAAGUUUCAACUGGCGCAGUAGAUCGAUAUUUAGGCGAAGAAUUGAAUAGUGUAGCUGGCGAGUCCCAAAAAAGCAAUUGGGAAAAUGAAAAUCUUUCACAAAUUCCCUUUAAAGUUUUCAGAGGGCAUCGAGAUGCUGUAAAUUCUUGUGUGUUUUGCAUUAAUGGAACACACGUUUUAAGUGGGUCGGAUGAUGGCACCGCUAAGUUAUGGAGCGCAAGGGGAACUAAACUCAUCACAAAUUAUGCUGCACAUACUGGCCCUGUAUCUGCUGUAAAGGUUACAAAAGAUUCAAAGCAAUUUUUAACUUGCUCUUGGGAUAAAUCUGUGCGUUUAUGGGAUUUGGAAACUGGUAAAAUAUUAUGGACUGGUAAGCAUAAUGGCAUGGUCAUGGCUGGUGAUAUAUCUUUAGAUGGAAAACUGGUUGUUUCUUGUUCCGAUUUUGAUAAUGCUGUAAAAGUUUGGAAUGCUGAAGAUGGACAGGAACUAACAGAAUUGAAAAAUCAUCAUUCAAGUACACCAACAUGCUGCUCAUUUUCACCAAACGGACAACGAAUUGUUUCAACAAGUUUUGACAAAGUUACAAAAAUUUGGGACCGAGUUUCCGAGACGGUCACUGCCACACUGACCGAUCAUUUAAAUAUUGUGUCCAGUUGUUGUUUUAGUGAAAAGGAACGUUAUCUUUGCACAGGUUCUUGGGACAAAACAUUGAGACUAUAUGAUAUAUCAACAGGAAUGUAUAGGACAAAGGGGUCAAAGGUUCUAGACAAAGGUCAUGAGGGAUGCGUUAGUUGCUGCAGAUUUUCAACUGAUGGUCAAACUUUGAUAUCAGGGGGGUAUGAUAAAGCUGUAAUAUUAUGGGACGUAUCAAACUAUGUUAAAAAGUUGGUAUUAAAAGGGCAUGAAGAUUGGAUAACCGAUGUCGAUACGAGUAUUGAUAAAAAAUGGAUUUUAUCGGCUUCGAAAGACAAAACAGUGAGAAUGUGGAAUAUUGAAAAUGCAGAUCAUAUUCCAGCUGUCGUAGAAAGUCGACAUGCGAUGGGUCUAAAAAUUAUGCAAUGUGAGAAAUGUGGAAAAUCAUUUUCUAUCGCACAACUAGAAGAUGUCGUUGAUACAAGUAUUUGUGUUUUUUGUAGAUUAGCUGAUCCAGAAAGAAAUACUUUACCUUCUAUUUUAUAAUAAUAUUCUUGAAAUAUAUUUUUGUACCCGUUGAGUAAACCAAAAUGAAAAACCUUAUUUUUUUUUUUUAUAGAAUCAACAUUGAUAUAUAUGGGGCAGCUGCAGGGGCAUAGCAAGGGGGGCUUGUAAAACAAAAUCUAUUUUUCCGUAUCAUACAUGGCCCUUUUUCGUAGGUCGAAACGCAUUUUAAAUUCUCAAGAAUUUAAUAUUGCUGGCUAUGCCCCUUGAGCGGCUGUGUUUGAAAAAACUUCAAUUUUUAACAAUGGCCGUCUGAUGUAUUAUGCCAAAGUGAUUGAGAGAAAAGGUAUUACAGUGGUUUUAACCACUGAAAUAUAAAUUAAUUUUCCUUUACCCCAGACAAGUUUUACAGUAAAUCCUUUUCUCUUCCUCCCCUUAAGCUAGGAAUAAGUCUAUCAUCAAAUUGAGUAACUCCAGUAGACUAAGCGACACCUAUUUUCUCCCUAGUUUGCUAUUACACCAAAACCUAUAUACUGUGACUUUAAUAUUUAAUAAAAGAGGUAUGCACUCUAUUGGACUCAAUUGAAAAUCAUAGAAAUGCCGAACACAGAAGGAAAAUACUGUUAAUUCUACUGCAUCUUGUUGCAUGGUCAGAAUGGAGUUCUGGAGGUUAUCUCUUUUUCUAUAGCAAACUGAUCCACAGAAUUAGCAAAAUAUUAUCUUUUCAUGUCAUACUGCUAACGUACGUACAUGGAUUAAUCUGUUUGCUGGUAUAACUCCCGCCAUCAAAAUUAUCUCUGCUGCCCCCCUGGCCCCCAUAUAACUUGAGCAACUUCAUAUCAUAAACCACAUAUCAUUCCCUCCAAUACCUGUGAUUCUCAAUUUUUCUAUUUGUUCAUAUAAAACACAUUUAAUAGUUUUAUCACAUUAUAUUCAAGUGUAAAAUACUAAAGGUGCAAGAAAAAUGUGGCAAUAAAAAUUUCAGUUGAUCAGAUUUAUACACGAUUAUGUAAAACGAAACUUGAAUAUUCAGAAUAAUAUAGCCCAAAAUUAAAUGGGCGAUAAAUAAAAUCAUAGCGCUACAGGCUAGUAUUUGUUCAACUAAAUAUAUUGUUAUAUGGCUCUUCAACAAAUUUUACAUUUGUUCGGUGGCAUUUGAUCCUUCGUCGAAACUACUCUUUGUUACAAAACAUUACAUGAAAGACCUACUAUUCAACAAUGAAUAAAUAUGCAGCAUAACUAUGCAUUAAUCAUGUUAUUUAGACCUUACUUAUAGCCUUACUAAAAAAAAGUAAUAUUUUACGCCAAAGCUUGGUUGUAUUCAAGCAAAACACAUUUUUGAAAAAUUUACAAAAAAUCUAAAAUUUUGUAUUCAUUUAACAAUGUACCGCUUUAUAUAUAUUCUCCAUAUUAAAAUAUUACUACAAUAAAAAGCUGGGUUACAAAUAUUUACCUCAGUCAUAAAUACAACACCAGAACAAGCACCAAAAAUUAUGAUAAUAAAAAAUCAGUAAUAUUUCAUCAUCAAACACUACAAAAAUAAAAAUAUAGAUAAAAUCACUAAAAAGAAUGUAAUUUAGACAAGAUUCGGUUUCAGAAACUUGAGAACAUUUUCAUGAUAAAAUUUAGUACCUCAAAAUUUAUAUCACUUGUCAUUUUCAUCUGUAACAAGUCAACAAUAAUAUAUGUACCAUCGAAAUACUCCAAUUAUAAAUUGUAUAAAUUUCAACCAAAUGCACCAGUUCAACAUUGAGAUAUAGUGAGAAUCUUAGUAAAAAAGCAUACACAUGUCAACGUAAUUUAAUGGAAAUAAAUACCUUUGUGCCAAACAUUACAUGUAUAAACAACAGAUACUCAGCAAAUGUAUUACUCAGUAACUGGAAUUAUUUUUUAGAAAUGUGCAUUGAGGAUGACCAUUAUCAUAUUCUAGAAGUGUGCUUUGGAAUUGAUUUUUGCCCAAUCAAUACAUAUAAUAUUGUACAGCAAAAAAUAAUUUUUAUCAAAUAGUGCUUCCUAAACUAUGAAAACCACUAUAGCAAAAACAGUAGUUUUAGACCAGGAAUAUCGAAUACUAUUCGAAAUUGGGUCGUUCAAUAUAAGACUUUACGUAAAUCAAUGCGUUUAACUUGGUAAUGCGGAAUACUUGAGCAUUGUGUUAAUUGAUUUUUAUGCUGUUCCAAGUAAAAUGAUCCCUACUAUAUGUCCAAUCAUCUGACAUCGUAUGCUUCAAAUGACAGAUUUUUAAAAUGAAAUUAAUGUAAAUUAUUUAUUUAUAUCAAAUAUAACCUAUUUCAAAUAUAUUCAAUUCAGUUCAGUUAAUGUCUUCUGUUAGGCCGGUUAAAAUUUCAGUUUUCGAUAAAACUAAACUAUUUUAAUUUCAAAUAUAAUUAAAUGUAUUAACAUAUCGCAAUCGAUAAAACUUUAUUGCGUUAUCAGAUUCUUUAUUUUUCCAAUGAUUUUAUUAAUUUCAGAAAUAUAACCAUCCUUGUUGAUAAUAAUAAAGAGGAUGUAAAUCAUAAUUUCAUUAUCCGAAAGAAAACUCAGAAUGGUUAUCGUUGUCAAAAUAUUACAUUUCAACCAAAUUUUUUGGACUUCCCUAGAAAACAUUAGAAUAUCUAGUAGAGACAAUGCUCCUUGAUUUAGACAGAAACAUAAAAAUAAUCACAAUGCUAAGUAAAAACAACAGGUGCAUAACAAAUAUUUCAUGCAAUCAUCUACAGAUUACAAUUGUUUUAUACAAUAUAUACCUUGAACAAAUAUACAACAUGAUUGUCAAACUGCCAGAUUUGGCAACUUUCACAAUAAGCAUGCAAAAAUAAAAUUCAGAGCAAUUCACAAUUAAUAUUAUAUUGAAUCGUAUACAUUUGACUGUAAUGAAUGUAUGAACUGAUAAUAACAGUUUUUAAUCUUGGAAAGAAAAAAUUAUCCAGACAGCGUUUGAUAUAUACAGUUAGAGUCAAUUUACAAGUCAUUCUGUAGAUAUUAAAAAUGUGAAAUGAUCAACAACUUUAAUAGCAGAUACUUCAAAAUACAAUAAAAUUUUAAAAAUGAAUAAGAGCACAGGAUAUCCUGGAUUUUUGAUUUGUUACCAAAGCAAUUACUUGAAUCUACAAUAGCAAUCCAUGUCAUCAAUAUUUAUUCAUGGGUUUAAGAAAAAUCACUUUAAUACACAGCAAGCUGUUUAUUCAUUCCGCUUAUUAUAUAGCCUAUUGUCUAUGGACAAUAGGCACAUUAUUCACAUGCUAUUAUUUUACAGCUUUAGCUUAUAAGAUUUAUUAGCCAUACAAAGACAUACAACAUUACAGAAUAAAACUGUGAAACUGGCUUAUAUUGUAUUUCCAAUUUAGCUCAAUUGUUGA